ACCUGUCCUGGUCUGCUACCUCCCCCUGUCACUGCUGCAACUAUUACUACUGCAGAACCAGACUCUGCUACUGACCCAGGAUCCACAAAAAGCGCUGAAUACACUUCUGAAGAGCUUUUGUCGUUGCCUGAACAGCCGUGCUUCCGGGGACAGUGAUCGUGUACCUGGAGGGAUGUGGCCCUGGAUGGUUAGUCUCUACAAAAAUGGGGUCUACACAUGUGGAGGAACCCUGAUAUCUAAAAACUUUAUCCUCACUUCUGCCCAGUGCUUCUCCACCUCAAAUCCAGAUAAGCGAGAGUGGAGAGUGUUGCUGGGCCCGCGCCUAGUGAAUGGAAAUGAGGAGUUUGUGAUGACUCGGGGCGUUAAGAAAAUUAUUCUGAGCAAAUUUACGGGCCCCAAUAUUGCUCUGCUGAAGCUGACUAAGCGAGCCAGCACAGGAGAUUUUAUCCAGCCUGUGUGUAUGGACGUUAGCAAAGCCCGAAGCUUCCCUGUUGGAACUCAAUGCUGGGUGGCAGGCUGGGAUAAGGGCAUCAAGAGCGGAGCCACUCAAAAAGCCGGUUUAGGUCUUCGGGAUAUAGAAACUCAAGUGGCAAGCUGUGGGACUGGGUCUGGUUCUGACAACAUUUGCACUUAUGCCAUGAACCUUCAACAGGGGGAUCAUGGCGGCCCUCUGCUCUGCAAGUCAGACUCCUCUUGGUUCCAGGUUGCCGUUGUAUCUAUGAGUGGAAAUAAAUCAGUCCGUGCUGAUCCGCAGGUCUUUGCCAAAGCUUCAAGAUUCAGCUCUUUCUUAAAGGAGACAGUUGGGGACAUGCCGUCUCCAGCAACAGGAAAUGCAGCAAGUUUCUCAAUUUCAUUAGUCCUCUCUUUCGCUAUCCCAUUUACCUCACUGUUUCUGGUGUCAGGAUGUUAGUACUGUUGUGAAGUAGUUCAUUGUUGCACUUAAAAGUUGAACAAAUCAUUCAAAGCCCCCAUUCUGAGGCACGGCUAAAAUGCAUGAUCUGUUUGGUAUUUUGAAAACAGAAACGUAUAAAUAUACCUGAUAUAGGUAUGGCCCUACAAUAUAUCAUUUAAAUAUAGCAGGAUAGGUGUCCUUUAAGAUACUAAGGUCACUUGUCCAAAUAAGUUAAUAUAUUUAUAACAACAAAUAUAUUUUAUCGUAGUAUGAUACAGGGAAAUGUAUUUUUUAUAACGUACCUCUCUGAAUCCAGUUAAAUGAAUGACAACUUAGAAGUUCUAAUAUAUUCUAUAUGCCGUUCUACCGCUUGUGUCUUUCUACAUAAAAAAUGUGGUGAUGGGUCAUGUGUGAGUUUACUAAAAUGUUAAGACAAAUAAAAAGUCAUUUUAAUCACAUGCAUAAUAAAUACUGAUGAAGCAUAACAAAUGUCUCUUUGUAUAACAUACUUCGAUCAAUAUUGCAGUUUCAAUGUCAGCAGUUUAACAGUACAAUAUAUGAUGAACAACAGAAUCCAGGGGAUCAUAAUGUUCAACAUUAACAACAGCACAGCUUGCAGAAAUAUAAAAGGAAUGUUUCAUUUAAAGGACUUUUUGGAUAACACAAAUCUCAUUUUGUAAAGCCUCUUGUCACAUUACAUCACAUGGCUGUACAGUGCACUAAAUUCCACCCCGCCAUUCAAUUUAAUCAUUGCAUGACUAUGACCUUUUUUAUGUGGUUUUCACCCCUUAAUAAGAACCGAUGUCUACUUGUAAUUGUCACAUGGUGCAUGUUAAUAUAUCAGGGACCUUUGCUAAUUCAACUGUUACAAUUGAAUCGUGUAAGAUUUUUUUAACUAUAUAUACUUACAAUUACCUCCUAAGUCUGAUAAUCAUCAGAAUGGUAUGACGGAUAUUUCUUCCAUAAAAAACAUUUACAUUACAGAUAAUACCAAAAAGUUAAAAAAUAAAGCCCAACUUUGAGUUAUGGUAACAGAUAAACUCACAUAUACAUAAAUACAUAUCCUGUCUGACUGCAAUAAUCCUGUCUGACUGCAAUAAAAUCCUGGAUGCAACACAACUUCCUCAAACUCAACAGUAAUAAAAACUGAACUCCUCCUCAUCGGCUCCAAAUCCACCCUCAGCAAAACCCCCAACCUGACACUCACCAUCGAUGGCACCCCUGUUUCCCCCUCCACCCAGGCACGCAACCUUGGUGUGAUAUUCGACCCCACCCUCUCCCUCGACCCCCACAUCCGCCAAGUUGUAAAAACCUCAUUUUUCCACCUCCGCAAUAUCGCCAAACUCCGUCCCUCUCUCACCCGCCCCGCAGCUGAGCGACUCAU